AUGGCAAUACAUGGGAAGAGGCGGAAGUAUUCGAUAAUUCCUAUAAAAAACUCAAUUAGCGGUGUGUGGAAAAAUAUUGUUCAGAUGGGGAAAGGAUCAAACCUGAAAUUUUCUAAUGUCGAGAAGAGGAGGGAGCUGCAAAUUGGUUGUGGAGACAAGACUUAUUUCUGGCUAGACAAAUGGGCCGGUGAUUUUGCAUUAAAAGAUCGAUUUCCCAGCUUAUUUGCACUUCAAAUGGAUAAAUUCAGUUUAGUUCAGCAUCGCUACAGCAUAACUAAUGAUCAAGUCUCUUGGUUAUGGGGUGGAGAUACAACGGUUACUCAACUGGAGUUGGCGGAUUUAUGGGACGAAUGUAAAAAUUUGAUACAAAAUGUUGAACUAAAAAAGAAAUACGAUAGGUGGAUGUGGAAACAGGAGGACGAGCGAGAAGAGUUCACUAUUGGAAAUCUAAGAUCAGAGCUGGAUAGUAUGACUUCGAUACCAGAAACGCAGGUUCUCAAGUGGCUUAGCUGGAUACCAAAGAAAAUAAAUUGCUUCCUUUGGCGAGCGGUGCUAGACCGAAUUCCUACAAGAGACGCGUUAGCUAUUCGGAACAUACAAAUCCCCUCGGUUGUAUGCGCAUUAUGUAGUAUAUGCAGCGAAUCGGUUGAUCAUCUAUUGAUUUCCUGUCAAUAUGCUCAACUGGUUUGGACGGCAAUCUCGUUAUGGGUCAAAAUUCCUCCGAGAUAUGUGCUAGGUUUGGUGGGAUUAUUGGAGCACAUUCAAUCGCAUUGUUCAUCACAAGAAAAAAAGAAGGCGGUAUACAUGAUUAUUGCGGCAACAUGUUGGAUACUAUGGCGUAUUAGAAACAAUGUAAUUUUCAAUGGCAAAACAACGAAUGCUUCAAGGAAAGUCGGUGACAUCAAAGCACUCUCAUUUGUAUGA